UCUAAUAAGUAAAAGGGGAAUACGCUCAGCGCUCAGACGUCCACGUCGGAUGAAAUAAUCAGCCAAUCCCGUUGCAUCUUUCGUCCACGUCUUUGCUACGUUGGGCUUCAUUACGAUGGGCUUCGUUGUUAUGUUUUAUUUUUGUUAUGUACCUGGCCCAUAAGCCCAUAAGCUUGGCCAAACGGAGAACACCGUAUCGAGCCUCCACGAACCCUAGCCUUAUUUCUCUUACGCAGACCGCAUCGAGCCUCGACGAACCUCGACGAACCCUAACUUCAUUCUCCCUUGCGCAGACAAAUAUCUCAUCCCUUUCGUCUUUCCCACUUCUUCCGUUUAACGGUUUCGUCUGUUCAUUCACUCCUUCAUCAAAUCCUCAUUAACCUCCAUUAAUGGAUCCCUUUCGCAUCCCUCACUCUGAUUUCUUUUAUAACCCCAAUCAUCCCACCAGUUUGAUUCCCCGCAAAACUAUCUUCUCUCCCGAUGAAUUCCAACAGCAAAAACUCCGCAUCCGGCGAUCUUAUCUCCAAGAAACCUAACGGGAAGGACGUUGUCUCCUCCGCCGCACCGGUCAAACCCUCCGCCGCAUCGAUGAAACCCUCCGCCGCGGCGAUGAAAAUCUCCGCCGCACCGACGAUCCCCUUCGCCGCAUCGAUGAAACCUAUUGGCCAAUCCGGUGUCUCCGGUGAUUCCUCUUCGACAAAACGUCACGGCAAGGCCGUUGUCUGCUCCGAUGUCCCCUCUGACAACAGCGAUCGCGUCGUGUUCUUCAAAGAUGUGACGUUUGGACCACAAGAACACGAGUUGAGAUUUCGACUGAUCCAUUUUUGGGAGGCAAAACACGCAUUCUCGAAGAUACUUAUGGGUCUAGAGAUGCUUCUGGUCGACGCAGAGGGCACUGUGAUUCAGGGAUUCAUCCCACCAUCAAGGAUGGACACUUAUCUACGACACAUGAAGCCCGGUUCCACCUACAGACUUACCAAUUUUUUUGGUUCUAAGACCAAGAAGGUGUACCGGGUUGCUGAUCCAGACGUGACCAUUGCGUUCUCAUGGAAGUCUGUCCUCUCCGAUCUCACAGACACUUCGGCUUGGUUUCCUGAAGACCGUUUUCGUUUCCAUGGUUAUGAACAGUUCGAAGCGGCCUGUGACCUCAAAGGGGAUCUGUAUGAUUUUAUUGGUCAUAUCAAAUUGGUGAAUGAGCAGGCUCUUAACGAGAGUUUUGUGCUUGAUGAAGUCGAGAUAGCUUCUGAUCGGCGAAUUUUGGUUCAUGUUCAGACACAUGAUGGUCCUGUGAUGAAGCUCUACAUAUGGGACAAGGUAGCAACAGCCUUUUGCGAGAAGUUUAGAUCGCUUGGAAAACCUCCGAGUGUUAUCAUGGUGACAACUGUGAAUCCUAAGCGUUUAGGAGGUGCUUUGUCUCUGUCAUCUCUAUCAUCUUCACGGGUUUUUUUUGAUACGGAUGUUCAUCAAACCAGGGAGUAUCUGGCUUGGUAUGUAUUCAUCUAUAUAUUUGCACCGUUUACGUUAAUCUACCGACUGUGUUGCUUAUUUUGUUUUUUGAACAUUUCUAGGCUUGAAUCAAACUCGGAAGUUGCUAAUAGAGUUAAUGCUGAGAUUGUCACCAAGGCUGAGACAGCUACAAUCGGUGAGCUACUCACUUACAUGAAGCAGGAAGGAGCGAAGGUUGCUUGGUUCGAGUGUACGGCCACCAUUGAUGAUGUUGUGCGUGGCUCAGCUUGGUACUACAUUGCUUGUGGUGGAUGCAAGACUAAAGCUACUAAAGGACCUACCACGCUUAUGUGUAGGAAGUGUGGAAAGACUGAGAUUACUGGUGCUGCAGAGUAUCUCAGCAAGCUAUCUGUCUAUGACAACAAUGAUCAUGCGAGCUUUGUACUUCUCGGUGACGCUGGGUUUGAGUUAACUGGGAAGAAAGCAUCUGUAUUGGUUGAGAGUUACUAUGAGGCUAAUGAGGGAUCAGGAGAUGAUCAUGUAGUCCCGGUGCCUCAAGUCCUUAUUGACACCAUCGGACAGAAACGCACGUUCGUUAUCAAAAUAUCAAAGCACAACUUGGAAGGCAAGACUCAAGCUUUGACUGUCACCAAGGUACUCCCUCUCGAGGUUCCAGCACUUGGAUACGAUUUAGCCGCCGACGUGGUUGUCUCUCCUACUGCAGAUGAGGGGGUGAAAAGAGGUGCUGAUAUGAUUGUGUCAGAUGAUGCUAAGCGUGCAAAAAGUGGCUAAUAUGUUUUGUGUACUUCGGUUGUGUUUGAAGAACGACUAUCUGUUUGUUCUUUUGCUUCUGGUUUUGUUUUUUCUUUGUUGAAAUAUUAUGAUUUGGUUCGUUUGCUUCAGUUUUGUGUUGACAUUAUUUAUAUAUCGUAUUUUCUAUUUGGAUAAUUUUUGCUUCGUUGGUUCAUUUGUUUAUGUUGAGGUUUACCCUUUUUUAAGUUGCUAAAAUUUAUACAGUAUUUUUAUUUUUAGUAAUAAUUAUGUUGUUUAUUUUAAAAUAGUAAGGGACAAAUAAAAACUUGAAAAAAUUAUUUUACUUUUAUAUAUUUCUUCCAUAUAUAUUUAUAAAAUUAUCUCUUAUUUGUAUGUAAUAAAAAUUAGGGAACUGAGAUAAUUGAAUUAUACAUGAUUUAUAGUAAACUUUAGAGUAGACUUUCUCUAUUAUAACAUAUAUGAUUUAAAAAAUAAGAAAGGUACAAAUUCUCCUAUUUAAUUAUUUGAUAUUAAAACUACGAAUACUACGUAAGUAAUCAUCAUUACACUAUUAAAUCACUAAACGACUAAUUACUUCAACUCUUGCUAGAAUCCAAAAAUGAUUUUAUUUGCCGAACACAAAAAAUGUUGGCGCAAGGGGUCGAACCCUGAAUAAUGAGCAUAUACAAAGGAUGCUCUACCACCGGACUAAAUACACACUUUGGGAAUCUGAUCAAGACAAAAAAACAUUUACUUUACAUUUUUUUGGCAGGAACUCAAUUUAUUAAUUAGUUCUUUUAAAAAUAAGUUUCAUUAAAUAACGGAAAACAAUAUGUUCCUUUAGAAAGUAUUUAUAUAUGUUUAAUCUUAUAUAUAUAUAUAUAUAAUUGAAAGGACAUAGAGUACGUGUUAAUAGAGUCACCAGAUCAUUCUUGCGUCAUUAAUCAUGCGAAGGGAAAGGCAUCGGUUACUUAUUUUUUGUGUUUUUAUAUUUAUUGACGUGCUCCCCAAGAAAAAUUAGUCACAUAAUUGGCUAAAACCAAGUGCUUAUUUUUCUGGAUAUUAACUAAGGUUUAGGAAAUUUCUUAAUACAUAUUAAAUAUAAUGAUAUUUGUAUAAACCCGGGCGUAGCCCGGGCAAAAUAUC